AUAUGAUAUAGCUUCAGAAUUUUAUGUGAAGCAGUGACUUGUGAAGAGAAAAAAAAAACUUUCCCAUUUAUCAUAUAAUGUUUUGCAGACGAUUAUUGAUGGAGUCUCUUCUUCUUCUUCUUCUCUUGGUGGUCAUAACAUCGCUCCAUGAAAGUAGCUACGCAGAGAAUACGAGACCUGUUGUGUGUUCUUCUUCGUCAUGUGGUAGUAUCUCUAAUAUAACAUCUCCUUUUCGACUCACCACUGAUCCAUUGAGCUGUGGAGACUUAAGGUACAAUCUUUCUUGUGAGAACAACAUUACAGUCUUAAACUUGCCUAUUCAACAUGGAUACACAAAUAACUUUAUUAAUUAUCAAAGAUACUACUACGUACUGGCAAUCAACUAUAACAACUAUACGAUUCGAGUUGUUGAUCCCAAUUUUCACAAACAUCAUCAAAACUACUCAUCCUUCUUCACCAACAAUACUUUGUCCUCUGGAGAUUCCAGUUUAUAUGAUAGUAGUUAUGAAGCACAAUUUGCUUUGGACACUGGAACAUAUAAUUUUUUUGAAGAAAAGUACCGAAAAGUUGUGAAAACUCUAGUGUUGGUUAACUGUGAAAGAGCAGUAAUGAAUUCUUCUUACGUUGAUGCAACUCCUUGCAUAUUAAAGAGUAAUAAUAGCAGUUUUAUUUGGUCUUAUUAUCUUUUGGAUAUUGAUGAAAUGAAUCCUUCUGAGUUGGUGGAGUCUUGUUGGAUAAAACAAGUGAGUCUCGUAGAUGAAACAAGCUUUCAAGGAUCCAAACCUUCCUGUUAUGACAUCAACAAGCAGCUAGCUCUAGGGUUUCAGCUUUCAUGGAUCCAAAGCUUUGACAAAACAGAAGGGAGUGGACAAGUUUGUCGCCUCAACGAAAAGUCCAACAAAGUUAGCUGUAGUUAUUAUUCUAAAUGCAUGUUUAGAGAAACAUUCAGACCAAAUGAAAGAAAUGAUAAGUGUGACUCGUCCGAAAUAUUUUUGAGCAAGGUUAUGGCUUACACAAAAUAUUACUUAUACGAUAUAGGAAGUUACAAAUAUAUCGCCGGAUUCUUGGCACCAAGAACACUACCUGGAAUUAUAUUUGUGAUUUUCCUAAUGGUGUAUAAGUGGAGAAGAAGACAUUUGUCAAUGUACAAUGGCAUCGAAGAUUUCCUCCAAAGUCAUAACAACCUCAUGCCUAUACGAUAUUCUUAUCGAGACAUUAGGAAGAUGACCAAAGAUUUCAAAGAGAAACUAGGUGAAGGAGGGUUUGGCACUGUGUAUAAAGGACAACUUUCUAGUGGUCCCUUUGUUGCGGUCAAAAUGUUGGGAAAAUCCAAGAUUAACAAUGAUCAAGAUUUCAUUAAUGAAGUUGCUACAAUAGGAAGAAUUCACCAUGUCAACAUUGUAAGAUUAAUUGGGUUUUGUGUUGAUGGUACAUGGCGGGCUCUUAUAUACGAAUUCAUGUCUAAUGGAUCUCUAGACAAGUACAUUUUUUCACAAGAAAUUAUGAAUAAUGUAGUCUCCUCAAGUUUUAGCCAAGUAUUGUUUGAGAUCUCACUUGGAAUAGCUCGUGGUAUUGAGUAUCUUCAUCGAGGUUGUGGUAUGCGUAUUCUUCAUUUUGAUAUUAAGCCUCACAACAUUCUAUUGGACGAGAAUUUUAUUCCAAAAGUUUCUGAUUUCGGGCUAGCAAGAUCAUACUCGUUGGAUAAUAGCCUAGUAUCUUUAACUGUUGCAAGAGGAACCAUGGGAUACAUAGCUCCGGAAUUGUUCUAUAAAAAUAUUGGAAAAGUAUCGAACAAAUCUGAUGUGUACAGUUUUGGAAUGUUGUUAAUGGAAAUGGCGAAUCGAAGAAAAAAUGUGAAUAGACAUACAGAAAACUCAAGCGACAUUUAUCUCCCCUUACUGAUACACAAGCAACUGAACGAAGGGAAGAAGGUGAAAAUAGAUGAUGAACAUGUGACUGAAGAAGAAUCAGAGACAAUAAAAAAGAUGGCCAUAGUUGCAUUGUGGUGUAUACAACUAAGGCCUUGUGAUCGCCCUACAAUGAGCCAAGUCAUAGAAAUGCUUGAAAGUAACAUCGAAUGCCUACAAGUACCCCCAAAUCUUCAUCUAUAUCCUCAAGAGCAAAUGAGCAAAAAUAGUGAGACAUCUUUCUCAUUAAAACUGUCUAGAGAGGAUUCUACAGAUGUCAGCAAUUAUUAGAUUAAGAUAAUUAUCAAAUUUGUAAGCUUGAACAUAAACUUUGUUAAAUGAUAACUAUCAAUUUAAAUAUAAUGUUGUUUUCUUCC